GGUUCCAUCGUUACACUCCGGGCCUCAGGGUGUCGCAAUAAUUUGGUUUCUCAUUCUCUCUUUCCUGACGUUUCAAUAAUAACAAUGGCGGCCGCCAGAUGCACUUGGAAGUGCUGUGACGAGGAGAAAGAAGACGACAAUGUUGUUGUCUUACAGUUCUCAAAUGGUGACGUGAAGAGUACAGAUCAACUGGAUUUCAAAUAUUACAAGAAUGUCCUUGCAAGCAACCCAAGAAAAAGGAAUCGGCGUAUCCUGGUGGCGGAUUCGGACAGGCUGUCAUACGUAGGAAACAACUUCGGCACAGGAUCCUUGCGAUGCAACAGCAUGUGCAAGUACUAUGUGGGAGUCCUGGAUAAGUCAACCAUGCAGAUGGAGGUACACAGUGCUCAACUGUUCAACAUGCAGCCUCUCAUCCCAGGGGAGUCCAUGCCAGCGGAGGAUACUGACAUCAAGAAGACUUACAGACAUAAGGUGGAUUCCUUGAUUGAGGCAUUUGGAACAAACAAACAGAAGCGUGCUCUGAGCUCCCGUCGAAACAACCAGGUGGGCGAGGACUCCCUGCAGCAGGCCGUGGCCCAGGCGGCCAGCAACAUCAUUGAGCAGAAGGGCUUAGAAGUGCUGCAACAGGAGGUGGCGGAUUCAGAGGCCGUGGCGGACACAGCGCUGUACCUGCCUGUGUGUAACCCGGAGGCAGACACAGAGGAGGGGGUUUAUCCAUUUGAUGAGCUGCUUUCUGAUGUAGAGUAUGCUGCUCUGGAGUCCGUUGGAAAGAAGAUGUCUGAGCUCACCUCGGAGGACCUGCUCAGCAUGAGGGAGAAAGGCUGUCCCCAGACAGUGAUGCGGCUUUUGGAGGCAUUGCCAGAGGAUCCUGAGGCUCGUGACAGACAGGCGAGAUGUCUGUGGUACCUCUUCCUGCUCAUGAAACUAGCACAUCAGAAAUUCAUCUCCCGCAAAUUUGGUUCUGAGGAGGACUGUCCAAAGAUCAUCUUAAAUAAAGUGAUGAAGGCCUUUACAGUGGAAAGUUUCAGUCAUGGCAGGGUAAAAAACGUUGUGGCUUCCUCCAUGAAAGUAAAACUGGCCUCAUACUGUCUGGCUCUGCUUCUGCACAUAAACCACCAGACUGCCAAUCUCACACGACUGUAUCAGGACCUGGGCUUCUAUGACAGCAGGAUGGUGGAGGUGGCUAAGUCCAUGGGGCUGAAGUUGAGUAAAAUGCCCUCGGAAGGUGCGGACAAGGCUGGGUACGAUGAACACAGAAUCGCCACCCUGAAGCUCCCUCUCAUCAAGUACGACCGAUUUACACAGACAAGGAAACGCAAGAAAGUCCGAUAACAGCUUUCAUGGUCGAAGCUGCUCGAAGGAAACGGGACCGUAAGACGCGAAUGGAACACUCAUGUAUCGGUUUGUCUUGGAAGCAGAUGCCACUACCAGUUUGCUAGUUCACCUGCAAAUUUGAAACAUAAAUGUUGGCUUGUGAAAAUAUCAAACACGUAACGCUAGAUAGCCACCCCAAAAAUGUGUUUAUCGCUACCUUGUGAGAGAUGAAUCUGUCCAUUGCAUUGAGUAUAAAAGGACCAAUUGAACACCUA